AUGAUUCGCGAGGCGCACGUGCCGCGCGUCCUCGUCGCAGUGGCGGGCCGCCCUGGCUGUGGCAAGUCGACCAUAGCGGCGCUGUUGGCAAGCGCUGUUCGAGAGGCACUGAGCGACCAACCAAAUCCCAUGGCGCCAUUUCAGAAGGUGGACAUCAAUGAUGCAGAGAGAAACAGCGACGCCAGCAGCAGCUGUGUUGGUUUGGGCAGCGACAGCGGUGUUGUGGUGUGCGUAAUGCCAAUGGACGGCUACCACUUGUAUCGCAGGGAACUGCUGGAGAUGCCGAACGCGCAAGAGGCUGUGAGACGUCGCGGCGCGGAGUGGACGCUCAACCCAACUAAGCUGCACGCCGACCUCACCGCUAUCCGGACGCCGAACGAGCGCGGCCUCUACGACGACGUCUUUGUCCCGUCUUUUGACCACGGCAUCGGUGACCCCCAGGAGCGCGAUAUCUGCAUCCCCAGCUCCGCCGGCGUCAUCAUUGUGGAGGGCAACUACGUUCUCUAUCGUGGAACCCCGGAGUGGGCUGCGGUGAACGACAUGUUUGAUGUGAAGCUCUUCCUGGCGUGCAACCGUGAUGUGUGCAAGGAACGUCUCUGCCAGCGCCACAUGCAGGCCUGGAGCAUUUCUCGCAGCGAGGCGAUGGUGCGCGCGAGCGGCAGCGACACCAUCAACGGCGACUUAGUAGACAAGACGGCGUCAAACGCAGACAUCGUCAUGCACUCUAUCAAUGCCUCUGAGAGCAAGCUCUAA